CUCUCUCGUCGCAUAUAAUAAUUUACCACUUUUCCCUACCUAUCCAUUGCGCACCUCACACAUCAAUUGCUCCCAACAAUCGCACCUCGAACCAGAGAAAAGUCUACCGCCUCGGUUGAGGAGCUCACCCAUUCUCCCAUCUGUCGCCUCUUACGAGUGCCUCAGCGUACAUACCACGCUCACGAUGACUGCCACGCUCGGACUCAUCGAUCAUUCUCCCCACCAUCCGUCCCCCUCCGCACCAAUUGCAACCGCCUCGAACCUUGUACUUAUAGACAAUUACGACUCCUUCACCUGGAAUGUGUACCAAUAUCUUGUCCUCGAAGGAGCCACCGUUACUGUCUUCCGUAAUGAUGAGAUUACCCUCGAGGAGUUGAUCGCAAAGAACCCCACUCAACUUGUCAUUAGCCCAGGACCUGGACAUCCUGAGAAGGACGCCGGUAUCAGCAAUGAUGCUAUCAAACACUUUAGUGGGAAGAUCCCCGUGCUUGGUGUCUGUAUGGGCGAGCAAUGCAUCUACUACUCCUUUGGCGGCCGCGUCGACGUAACCGGCGAGAUUCUCCACGGAAAAACGUCGCCUCUUCGACACGAUGCUAAAGGCGUUUAUGCAGGCAUUCCCCAAGACGUCCCUGUCACUCGCUACCACUCUUUAGCCGGAACUCACCCCACCCUCCCGGACUGUCUAGAAGUCACAUCCUGGAUUGCGUCUGGACCGGACGGUGGAAAAGGCGUCAUCAUGGGUGUUAGACACAAGGAAUAUACCGUGGAGGGGGUGCAGUUCCACCCGGAGAGCAUCCUGACUGCUGAAGGGCGGUUGAUGUUGAAGAACUUCUUACAGAUGCAGGGUGGAACCUGGGCAGAGAAUGACCGCUUGUCAAAGAAAAAGCACACUGAAGCAUAUGGAGACGUUGCAGCUGCGAACGGGACCGAAAAGAAGGACAAGCAGACUUCAAUUCUAGAGAAGAUCUACGACCACCGCAAGCGCGCUGUCGCCGAGCAAAAGAAGAUCCCGUCACAGAGGCCUAGUGAUUUGGAGGCAUCCUACAAGCUCAAUCUUGCACCUCCGCAGAUCCCAUUCCCGGAGAGGUUGCGGAAGUCGCCUUAUACGCUCUCGCUGAUGGCAGAGAUCAAACGUGCAUCGCCUUCCAAGGGCAUAAUCUCGCUUUCUACGUGUGCGCCUGCCCAGGCAAGGACAUAUGCGAAGGCUGGCGCCAGUGUCAUCUCCGUUCUAACGGAGCCAGAAUGGUUCAAAGGAAACAUCGAAGAUCUGCGAGCAGUGCGACAGAGCCUUGAGGGGAUGCCCAAUCGGCCGGCUGUCUUACGCAAAGAGUUCAUCUUCGACGAAUACCAGAUUCUUGAGGCCAGGCUUGCAGGUGCUGACACAGUAUUGCUGAUUGUGAAGAUGCUGGACGAGGCCUUGCUGAAGAGGCUCUACCUGUACUCCCAGUCGCUGGGUAUGGAGCCUUUGGUAGAGGUCCAAAAUGUGGAGGAGACGCGAAUCGCUGUCAACCUAGGCUCAAAGGUCAUUGGCGUCAACAAUCGCAAUCUGGUCAACUUUGAAGUAGACCUGGAGACUACCAGCCGGCUCAUGGACCUGGUACCAAAGGAGACCAUUGUCUGCGCACUGAGCGGAAUUGCUGGACCCAAAGAUGUCGAGCCGUAUACCAAGAGUGGCGUCGGCGCCGUAUUGGUGGGUGAGGCUUUGAUGCGAGCGUCCAACACAGCACAAUUUAUCUCAGAUCUUCUCGGUAGCAAGGCUUCAGUAGCCUCCUCGGCACCCAAAGAAGCCACCCCUCUGGUCAAGAUUUGUGGCACGCGAAGUGCAGAAGCUGCUACUACAGCUAUCGAGGCUGGAGCGGACCUCAUCGGAAUCAUAUUAGCUGAGGGCCGUUCCAGGACGGUUUCCACCGAAACGGCCCUUGCGAUAUCAGAUGUGAUUCACAAGACUAAGAAAGCACAGAGUAACAAGCUGUCUGGGGGAUCUCUAUCAGCAUCUGACUUCUUCGACCAUGCAUCUGCCCAUCAUGCAUCGCAUGUAAACCGUGCCCUCCUCGUUGGUGUGUUCCGGAACCAGCCCCUAGAAUACGUGCUAGAACAGCAACAACUUUUGAAUCUGGACAUUGUACAGCUCCACGGCUCGGAACCAAUCGAAUGGGCUAAAAUCAUUCCCGUGCCCGUUUUCAAGAGCUUUGGGCCCAAGGACAUUGGUGUGGGCGUUCGGGGGUACCAUUCUCUCCCAUUGUUGGAUGCCGGCAUUGGAGGUUCUGGUCAGAGGCUCGAUCUGACGGAAGUGAAAGACUUCCUGACUCAGGACGACGGAGUCAAUAUCAUCCUUGCAGGAGGACUAAAUCCCGACAAUGUCCAGCAGGUUCUUGCCGAUUUGGCAGACUAUAAGGGACGAGUUAAAGCGGUCGAUGUCAGCAGUGGCGUAGAAGAAGGUGGACAACAGAAUCUAGAUAAGAUCCGGGCAUUCAUUAAGGCCGUCAAGGGCCAGUAGAUGUGGACUACAAAAUCUCGAAGCUAUGUAGCUUUCCUUGCUGUCAGAUACUAAGUUUCAAAUCAAAUCGAUUCGUUU